AUGGAGACUUCUCUGAGGUAUUCAAAGUCUUUGAGAAUCCAUGCUAAGGAGAAGCUCCCAUUCAACUCCAAAACCCAUUUGCAGCUUCAUGGAGAGCUAGAUACUGGAACUCGGUCCCCUAGUUAUUUCUGUGCCAUGAUUAGACACCUUUUCCCCGAGGCUUCAACAGGCCUUGGAGUAGGAUUCCAUUAUGAUAAGCGCCACAAGCUCCGGUGUCAUGUUCGUGGGAAAAAAGAGUUUCCUUUGAUAACUAAUAGCCUUGUCACCUUUAAUGUUAAAGGGAGGUGUGAUUUUGAUCAAGACUUCAAUCAGAAGAACCCUAUUGGAGCUGCAGAAUUUGCCUGGAACAUAAUGAACUUUAAGGAAGAUCAGGAUGUACGGAUCAAAGUUGGCUAUGAAAUGUUUAAUAAGAUGAAUGUUGCAAAGGUUCUAACAAAUAAUAUGACUGCUCUGACGGUUUAUAGAGAAGCAACGGCUGAACCAGAUUGA